AUGGAUAACAACCAACAACAAGCUAGCAUUAGUAACUUUGUCACUAAUCCCUAUGUCAGAUCCUCUUGGAUUGCCUUCUUUACUCUCUGGGUUCUCUGGGGCCUCGCUUACUUUCUGCGCCAUGCCUUUGGCUAUGACCAUGUAAAUCAUACUGCUACCACGAAAACAGGUACUACCGCUGUUCCGGGGGCACAUCAGGACCCAGAGACAGCUGUUGGCAGUGGAGUUGAUGGUGAAGCUGCUGGUACCAAAAAGCCUAGAUUGCAGGGAUUCCAUACUUCCAUGACCGAUCGUUUGAGAAGAGCUCAUGAAAUCUUGCUUGAAAAUACCUUGUUGCUUCUGUCUGUCUUGACAUUGAACACAUUUGGCUCAGGUUCUACUCGUGCUGUCAUGAUCUUGGCCUGGAUCUUCUUUGCUUUUACUGUCAUCCAUGCCUUUACUGAAAUCGGAAUCAACCAUCACUUCAUUCGAAUGAUCUUUAACAUUAUCUUUUACGGUGUCACUCUUGCUAUUGGUGGUCUUGCAUUCCACGAGGGAUGGCACGUCGUUGGCUCUGUAUUCUAA